AUGGGGAUGCAACACUGGACAUUAUGGUCUGUUUUGUUUGUCCUCUGUUUUUGUGAGGCAGAAUUGACAGUGUUUCUAUCAGCCCAAGAAGCAAAUAAAAUAAUUGCUAGAUCAAAGCGUGCCAGUUUCAUGAUUUUUGAAGAAUUCUUCCAAGGUAAUCUGGAAAGAGAAUGCCUUGAAGAAAUAUGUUCAUAUGAAGAAGCAAGAGAAGUAUUUGAAGACACAGAAGAAACAAACAAAUUUUGGAAACAUUAUUUUGUUGGUCGACAGUGCUCUUCAAAUCCCUGCCUGCAUAACAGUGUGUGCAAGGACAACAUUCGUAGUUACACAUGCGCUUGUAUUGAUGGCUAUGAAGGAAGCAACUGUGCCUUUGCUAAAAAUGAGUGCCGCCAUGAAAUGAAUGAGGGUUGCCAUCACUUCUGCUAUCCAGAAGCAAAGUCCUACCGCUGCUCAUGUGCAGAAGGCUACGCACUUGUGAAAGGCAAAUCCUGUGUUCCUCUAGAUCAGUGUGCAUGUGGCAGAUUUAAAGAAAAUGCACACAUGAAGCUCACUGCAGCUGAGAACAUCAGCAGAGGAUUCCCUUGGCAGGUCCUGCUCUUAAGCUCUGAGGGAGAAGGACUGUGUGGAGGUGUUCUACUGAAAACGAAUUUUGUACUAACUUCAGCCGACUGCGCACUGCUGUCUCCUGUCAGUGCUGUGAUUGGAAACGACAGAUCGCUAGGAGCCAGACAACUAACGUAUGUGAAACAGGUAAACAUACACCUCCGCUACGACAACAGCACCAGUAAGAACAACCUGGCAUUAAUACAACUAGGAAUUCCUAGUGCCUGCAACAGCUCCCAAUUACCCAUAUGCCUUCCGGAAAAGGACUUUGCAGAGCAUGCCUUGAUUUCAGAACAGGUGGCCACUCUCAGUGGGUGGAAAAUGGAGGGAGGCCAGUUGACUGAUUCACGAGCUGAAUUCCAGAUUCUGUAUCUCCAUGAAAACGAAUGCACACAAACACUCAACAGAACUCUGACAACCAGGGAAUUCUGUGGAUACAGUCUGGAGGCAAUAAGAGAACAACUGGCUAGAGGAAGUUUCAGUGCUGUUAAGUAUAAAAGGACUUGGUUUCUGACGGGCAUUUUAGAACCAUGGGCAACAGAGGCAAGUAAGUGGGAUACGUUUACAUUCACCAAGAUUUCAAGAUACAUGAUGUGGUUCAAACAGAUAUUGGAGUAAUCAAAUGCAGCAGCAAAGGAAUACAUAGAUC